GUGCAAUUUUUGUAAGCUGUGUUAUAAUAUUCCUUACUGGUAAAGGUUCUUUUCGUUCUUUUCAUUUUACAAACAAGCUAAACAAACUGUUUAGGCUAGUCCUUCAUGUUACAAUUAUUCUCUAUAGGCAAUACAGAAAUUGUUUUACCGUAAAACAACUCAACAGCAUCUGCCCAGGAAAAGUAAAGUAGAAAGCGUGUUUUAAUGUUCCGGUACCCGCAUAUGUAGGCUAAGAGUUUUCCAGUGAUGAUCCUCUAUACCUGCGGCUCAAUCUCAGGUUUCAUUCAAGACGUUUAUGCGUCAGCAACAGCUGUCCUGGAGCUCGCGCUGGCCUCGGGUAAGAGACACUGACUUCAGCUGGAAGAAAGACCAAAGACUGAAGGUUUUGUGGAAAUAUUUACCUCACUGUGAAAGGAGCUUGGUGUAGAGAUUCCCCGUUGAGGUGGUAUCUCUUCGCGAUGCCAAGAUGGCAAGCCUGCUCCCUCGCACAGGCACAAACGCGUUCCGCAAAUUCACCCCAGAGUCGCUGGCGGAGAUCGAAAGGCUCAUCCAGGAGAGGAGCACCAGGGAGGAAGUAGAUGGGGUUGAGCAGGAACCACAGGCACCGAGCAGUGAUCUGGAGGCAGGAAAGAGCCUGCCCAUGAUCUAUGGCGACCCACCAGAGCAUCUCCUCAACACGCCUCUGGAGGAUAUAGACCCCUUCUAUAAAGCACAGAAAACGUUUAUUGUCAUAAGCAAGGGAAACACGAUCUACAGGUUCGCAGCUGAACCUGCGCUGUUUUGUAUCAGUCCUUUUAGUCUUGUCAGAAGAGGAGCCAUCAAAAUUCUUAUACAUUCAUUGUGCUUCAAAUAUUUUAGUAUGUUCAUCAUGAUCACCAUCCUGUCCAACUGCGUGUUCAUGACAAUGAGUAACCCUCCAGCCUGGAGUAAAACAGUCGAGUAUGUUUUUACUGGUAUAUAUACCUUUGAAGCAACAGUCAAAGUUUUGUCACGAGGCUUCUGCAUCGGACCUUUCACAUUCCUUCGUGAUCCAUGGAACUGGCUUGAUUUCAUGGUGAUCAGCAUGGCGUAUGUCACAGAGUUUGUAGACCUUGGCAAUGUGUCAGCACUGAGGACGUUUCGUGUGCUUCGAGCUCUCAAAACAAUCACAGUUAUUCCUGGUUUGAAAACCAUUGUCGGGGCUUUGAUUCAGUCAGUCAAGAAGAUGGUAGACGUAAUGAUUUUGACCAUCUUUGCACUGGCUGUAUUUGCCCUCAUUGGCCUGCAGCUGUUCAUGGGAAAUCUACGUCAUAAGUGCAUCCGUUGGCCCAUUCCCAACAGCACUAUCUUUGAUGUCAACAACUCCACCAUGGUCAAUGACACCACCCUCAACGUCACAGAUACUUUCGAUUUCAAAGCGUACAUAAACAAUGAAGAAAACCAGUACUUUCUGGAAGGAAGUUUAGAUGCUUUAAUAUGUGGUAACAGCUCUGAUGCUGGGAAGUGCCCAGAAGGAUACACAUGUAUGAAGGCUGGGCGAAACCCAAAUUAUGGCUACACCAGCUAUGACACCUUUGGCUGGGCCUUUCUCACCCUCUUCAGAGUCAUGACUCAGGACUAUUGGGAGAAUCUCUUCCAAUUGACCCUUCGUGCUGCUGGGAAGACCUACAUGCUCUUCUUUGUGGUGGUCAUCUUCCUGGGCUCUUUCUACCUCAUCAAUCUGAUUUUGGCUGUGGUUGCGAUGGCAUACGAUGAACAGAAUGAUGCCAAUUUGGCUGAGGCCCGUGAGAAAGAAGAGGAGUUUCAAAGAUUGCUAGAGCAGCUCAGGAACCAAGAGGUAGGUAGUAAAGCAUCUUUGGCCAGCCAGACAACUCGAAGUCGAGGGUCAAACAGGACAGGUUCCCUGCACAGUCUUGAUGGUGAUGAUGCCAUAAAGGACUGUAAUGGCCGAAUAGUGCCUCGUCUUAUCAUCAACAGAGUCUCCUCGGACAGAGAGUUAUCAGCUGAAGAGGAACACAUGUCCAUGAGCUCCAAACACAGCAUGCGGUACCUGGACCAGCCCAAACUCUCCAAAAGAACAGCAAGUGCUAUCAGUGUGCUCACUGCAACAAUGGAGGAGUUGGAAGAGGCUCAGAGGGCUUGUCCCCCAGGCUGGUAUAAGUUUGCUGAUAUUUUCCUUAAAUGGGACUGCUGCGCUCCCUGGAUCAUCUUUAAGAAGUGGGUUCAUUUUGUAGUGAUGGACCCAUUUGUUGAUCUAGGUAUCACCAUCUGCAUUGUGCUCAACACACUUUUCAUGGCCAUGGAGCACUACCCCAUGAGUCCGGAUUUCGAACAUGUUCUCUCAGUGGGCAACUUGGUAUUUACAGGAAUCUUUACAGCUGAAAUGGUGUUCAAGCUUAUUGCUUUGGACCCCUACUACUACUUCCAGGUGGGCUGGAACAUUUUUGACAGUAUCAUUGUCACACUCAGUCUGGUAGAGUUGGGACUGGCCAAUGUUCAGGGACUGUCCGUUCUCAGGUCCUUCCGUUUGCUACGUGUCUUCAAACUCGCUAAAUCUUGGCCCACCCUUAGCAUGCUGAUCAAGAUAAUCGGCAACUCAGUAGGUGCCCUGGGGAACUUAACGCUUGUCCUGGCCAUCAUCGUCUUCAUCUUCGCCGUGGUGGGCAUGCAGCUCUUUGGCAAGAGCUACAAGGACUGCGUUUGUAAGAUCUCUAAGGACUGCGAGCUGCCCCGCUGGCACAUGAACGACUUCUUCCACUCUUUCCUCAUCGUCUUUCGGAUCUUGUGUGGAGAGUGGAUCGAGACCAUGUGGGACUGCAUGGAGGUGGCGGGAGCGAGCAUGUGUUUGAUAGUCUUCAUGAUGGUCAUGGUCAUUGGUAACCUUGUGGUGCUGAAUCUGUUCCUGGCCCUGCUGCUCAGCUCCUUCAGUGGGGAUAACCUGUCUGGAGGUGAUGACGAUGGUGAGAUGAACAACCUUCAGAUCGCCAUUAAUCGCAUCACCAGGGGUAUAGAUUGGCUCAAAGCCUUCGUCGCUAGAAUGAUGCAACAGAUUCUAGGAAAGAAACCUCCUGACAAUAAUGAGGGAGGAGGGGAAGGAGACAUAGAACUAUAUGCUUUAAACCACCUGGAUGAGGGGAAAAUGGCGGAUGGCUUGACCAACUGUUUGUCUCAAACACUGACUGUGCCUAUUGCUCGUUUUGAGUCCGAUAUUGAAGAGGACUCGGAUGAAUCUUGUGAUGAAGAGGGUGGAAAGGCCGCUCUUAAUGAUGACGACUCUUCAGUUUGUAGCACGGUGGACUACCGGCCUCCAGAACCUGAGCCUGAGCCCGAAGAGGAAGAAGAACCAGAGCCUGAAGAGCCAGAGUCCUGUUUCACAGAGGGUUGUGUUACGCGAUGUCCAUGUUUGAGUGUAGACAGCACAGGAGGAUGGGGGAAGAGGUGGUGGAACCUGCGAAAAACAUGCUUCACCAUCGUUGAGCAUGACUACUUUGAGACCUUCAUCAUCUUUAUGAUCCUCCUUAGCAGUGGAGCACUGGCUUUUGAGGAUAUCAACAUUGAGCGCCGCAGAGUGAUCAAGAUCAUCUUGGAGUAUGCUGAUAAAGUCUUUACAUACAUUUUCAUAGUGGAGAUGUUACUGAAGUGGGUGGCGUACGGUUUCAAGACCUACUUCACUAAUGCAUGGUGCUGGCUGGACUUCUUCAUUGUGGAUGUGUCUCUGGUCAGUUUAGCAGCCAAUUUAAUGGGCUAUUCUGAGCUUGGAGCGAUCAAAUCUCUCAGAACACUCAGGGCUCUUCGACCCCUCCGAGCUCUGUCAAGAUUUGAGGGAAUGAGGGUGGUGGUGAAUGCACUGGUUGGUGCAAUUCCCUCCAUUUUUAAUGUGCUCCUGGUGUGUCUGAUAUUCUGGCUCAUCUUCAGCAUUAUGGGGGUUAAUCUGUUUGCUGGAAAGUUCUACCACUGCAUCAACACCACCACAGAGGAACGCUUCCCCAUGGAUGUGGUCAACAACAAGAGUGACUGCAUGGCACUGAUGCACACCAAUGAGGCACGCUGGGUCAAUGUCAAGGUCAACUAUGACAACGUGGGUCUGGGCUACCUCUCUCUACUGCAAAUUGCCACAUUCAAAGGCUGGAUGGAUAUCAUGUAUGCUGCAGUGGAUUCUAGAGAGGUGGAAGAGCAGCCAUCAUAUGAGAUCAACCUUUACAUGUACCUAUAUUUUGUUAUUUUCAUCAUUUUUGGCUCCUUUUUCACUCUCAACCUCUUCAUUGGUGUCAUCAUUGACAACUUCAAUCAGCAAAAGUCAAAGUUUGGAGGGAAAGACAUUUUCAUGACAGAGGAACAGAAAAAGUACUACAAUGCCAUGAAGAAGUUAGGUUCCAAAAAACCUGCAAAACCUAUCCCUCGGCCGUCGAAUGAGAUCCAGGGCGUGGUGUUUGACUUCAUCACAAAACAGUUCUUUGACAUCUUUAUCAUGGUGCUUAUCUGCCUCAAUAUGGUGACCAUGAUGAUAGAGACAGAUGACCAGAGUGCCGAGAAAGAGGAUAUCCUGUACCAGAUCAAUUUGGUGUUCAUUAUCAUCUUCACAGGGGAAUGCAUACUUAAGAUGUUUGCGCUCAGACAGUACUUUUUCACUGUUGGCUGGAACGUCUUUGAUUUUGUUGUGGUCAUCCUUUCUAUAGCAGGUCUAAUGUUAUCAGACAUCAUUGAGAAGUACUUUGUGUCUCCCACCUUGUUCCGCGUCAUCCGACUUGCUAGGAUCGGCCGUGUGCUACGUCUCAUCAGAGGUGCGAAAGGCAUUAGGACUCUUUUGUUUGCCUUGAUGAUGUCACUUCCUGCCCUCUUCAACAUUGGACUGCUUCUGUUCCUUAUCAUGUUCAUCUUCUCUAUUUUUGCCAUGUCUAACUUUGCCUAUGUGAAAAAGCAGGCAGGCAUUGAUGACAUCUUCAACUUUGAAACAUUUGGCGGCAGCAUCAUCUGCCUGUUUGAGAUCACAACCUCGGCAGGCUGGGAUGGGCUUAUGCUGCCUAUUAUGAACAGCGGCCCUCCAGAUUGUGACCCUGACAUAGAGAACCCUGGUACAGACGUUCGGGGUAACUGCGGGAAUCCUGGCAUGGGCAUCAUGUUUUUCUGCAGUUACAUAAUCAUGUCGUUCCUGGUGGUUGUGAACAUGUACAUUGCCAUCAUUCUUGAGAACUUCAAUGUUGCUCAAGAGGAGAGUGGAGACCCACUCUGUGAGGAUGACUUUGAGAUGUUCGACGAGACGUGGGAAAAGUUUGACGUUGAUUCUACACAGUUCAUCGAAUACAACCGUUUGUUUGACUUUGUCGAUGCCUUGCAGGAACCUCUGCGAAUUGCCAAACCCAACCGCCUCAAACUAAUCACCAUGGAUCUGCCUAUUGUAACCGGGGACAAAAUCCACUGUCUGGAUAUUCUUUUGGCAGUUACCCGCGAGGUUCUUGGCGACACCAUUGAGAUGGCUGCCAUGAAGGAGAGCAUUGAAGCCAAGUUCAGAAUGAACAACCCCACAUCCGCCUCAUUUGAGCCAAUCACCACCACUCUCAGGAGGAAGGAGGAAGAGCGAGCAGCUAUUGCGGUUCAACGAACAUACCGUAGACAUCUCCUCAAACGUGCUAUCCGCCAUGCCUGCUUUAUGCGUCGCUCAAAGAGGAAAGUUAGGAGUCAGGACGAUGAAGAACCUCCUGAAACCGAAGGGUUAAUUGAAAGGAAAAUGGAAGCCUUGUAUGGUAGCAACCCAGAACUUGCCAUGGCUCUUGAGUUGCAGGCUAGGCCUAUGCCGCCUAAUCCACAGCCACCUGAGCCCCCCUCGGUCCCGCAGCACAGGGCAUCAGUGACCUACCCUCGACCGCAGGGACAACUCAUAAUCCCAGUGGAGUUCACAAGGGAGGUGAUCCUCCGAUCUGCACCCACAACAUAUGGCCUGUGCAGUUCAGAGGAUGCAACAAUAAAAGAGUCAAUAGUAUAACUGGCAGCCAAUGUCUUUGGAGUAUGGACUAAGAUAAUCCUUGGGUGUAAAAUGGAGUAUCACCUGCACGCACUGGACAACAGAUUCUUAAAGGAUUACACAGGACUGCUACAGUGUGACAGCAUUGGAAUGCCAUUUAUUGGGAGUACUGUUUUUUUAUUAUUUAAAUUUUAUAUUCAGGAUUAUUCUUAUUUGUUCCCAAUUAGAAAUGCCCCAGUAUAUUUGUCAUUACUUAGACAAGUUUUUUUUGCCCUUAUAUACAUAUAUACGUUUACAGUUGAGCAGUUAGAGCCAUUUUAAUAUUUUUUUUCUGUUACAGCGCCACUAAGUGGACAAGCGCCACAAUUUUUUUCAUGUGACCUCAGAUUGAGCCCAUACACAUGUGUACCAAUUUUGGUUACAAUAUCUCAUUCCAUUCAAGAGUUAUAGUCAUUUAUGUAAAAGUGGUCACGCCCACUUUGAGCAAAUCUGAAUCCAAAACCCAGUCCUAUUGUGUGAAAAACCUAGGACUAGUUCGUAAAAGUAGGUUUUGCAAGAAAUCAAAUAUGAUGGAAAAUAUAUGGCAGAAAUGAAAUCACUAUUAUGAUGUAGCUGUUUCAUCCCCCACACACUAGCACUGAGUAAUUCUACUAUAUGUGGCUACAGUAAAUGGGUUAUCUAAAAGACAAUUUUUGGUAACACUUUAUUUUACAGUGUCAUUGUUACAUAUGUUAUAUGUAGUUACUAUAGUAAUAACUAUAAAUUAUGCAUAAUUACAUGCAACUAACCCCAAACCAAACCCUAAUCCUAAUCCUAUAGCAAGUACAUGUAGUUACUUAAUAUUACUUAGUACUUAAAUGUAUAAUUACCGUGUAACAAAGACACCUUAAAAUAAAGUGUAACCCAAUUUUUUUCUCCUCAAUAAGCUCCAUUUUACAGGUUCGUCUUUACUUUGUCCUAAAUAAUCUUUAUAUAUACUUGUUUAAAAUUAUAUCAGUAUUUAUAGCUCCCUGAAACUUAAUAUUUAAAAAAAAAAAUCUUUCCAGUAAUGAUCAAAGAUUUAAUUUGAAUAAUUCUAAUAUAUAGCUGCACAGAUCUCAUGAACCAUUAGGAACACAAACCUCUGGUACCUAUCAUCACUCUAAUAAGUCUCCUCGGUCUGUUCAGUCGGUUUAGUCUACUGACCUAUUUAUAAUCUUAGUUCAUGCCUUACCAGUUUACAGCAGAAACUGAUCCUUUACAGUGGGGUGUAUAUAGAGUCACUUUGAGCAGAAUGUGCCACUAUGAAAGAUAUAGAUAAACAGCGAAGCUAUAGUGCCCAGUGACUGUACUUUUCUUAUACUUUUCUUUUUUAUAUAUUUUUAAUUAUUAAUUAAUAACUUGAAGCAUUGAAAGCAUAGUUUGAUUGCUGCACACAUUUUUAAUUCACUGGUAGUCACAACAGCUGGUUGAAAAUCUUCCAUGCCUGUAGAGUAAAUACAAAUUUGGUUUUCAUGUACUUAAUGAGAAGUUAUUAAAGUAACUUUGUUAAAAUAACCCCAUCCAUUAAACUGUAAUUUAAAGGAUUAGUUCACUUUAAAAUGAAAAUUAGCCCAAGCUUUACUCACCCUCAAGCCAUCCUAGGUGUAUAUGACUUUGUUCUUUCUGAUGAACACAAUCGGAGUUAUAUUCUGACGCCUCCAAGCUUUAUAAUGGCAGUGAACGGGACCAAUGAGCAUGAAGCUCAAGAAAGUGCAUCCAUCCAUCAUAAACGUACUCCACAUGGCUUCCGCUAGAUACUUCGCAUCAGUUGCGCUUUUUUCGUAAGUUGAAUAUGGAAGGCGUAGGACGUAGCGUAAGCGUUUGAACUGCGAGAGCCGUUACACUUUCUUCCUCAGUUGAAUACUGAAGCCGGUCUGACGGAAGCUAGAUAUUUUACUUUGUAACUUGUUAAAUAUGGAUAUUUUUCUUUCCCAAAUGCAUCGCUUCGCUUCAGAAGGCCUUUAUUACCCCACCUGGAGCACAUUUAUGAUCGAUGGAUGCACUUUCUUCAGCUUCAUAUUCGUUGGUCCCGUUCACUGCCAUUAUGAAGCUUGGAUGCAUCAGGAUAUUUUUUUAAUAUAACUCCAAUUGUGUUC